AAAUACACGCCACACGCAGACGCACCGACACACGCAGACACACACUCGCAGCGGCACGUCGCCCUCUUGGAUUCAAACUUGGCGCACUGACGCGGGACUUCUUUUUUCCCCCCCACUUCCUUUUUGCAUCGGUGGACCAUAUUUUGCUGCGUUUUGAGGAAUAAUUGAUUUCGCCGUUAAGAUGCCUGCCGACAUGAUGGAAAAAUCGUCCUCUUCCCCGGUCGCUGCCACCCCGGCAAGCAUGAAUUCGACCCCCGAUAAACCCAAAACAGCUUCCGAGCACAGAAAGUCUUCCAAGCCAAUUAUGGAGAAGCGCAGAAGAGCUCGUAUCAACGAGAGUUUAGGCCAACUUAAAACGCUCAUCUUAGAUGCGCUCAAGAAAGAUAGCUCCAGACACUCCAAACUGGAGAAAGCAGACAUCCUGGAGAUGACAGUGAAACAUCUGCGGAACCUCCAGAGAGCUCAAAUGACUGCUGCUCUCAACACCGACCCCACUGUGUUGGGCAAGUAUCGCGCCGGUUUCAGCGAGUGCAUGAACGAAGUGACUCGCUUUCUGUCUACCUGCGAGGGCGUCAACACGGAGGUCCGAACGCGGCUCCUCGGCCAUCUCGCAAACUGCAUGACGCAGAUCAACGCUAUGAACUACCCUAGCCAGCACCAGAUGCCUCCGGCGGCCGGACCAACACACCCCUCGUUCGGCCAGCCUAUGGUGCAGAUUCCCGGGUCCUCCCCACAGGUGCUGCCAAUGAGCGGCGUGCAGUGUAAGGGAGCUCCUUCUCCGGCCACUUUACCCAACUCGGACGCCACCAAAGUGUACGGCGGCUUCCAGAUUGUGCCUGCCACGGACGGACAGUUUGCCUUCCUCAUACCCAACGCUGCGUUUGCCCCCAACGGUCCCGUCAUUCCCGUGUACGCCAACAGCCCCGGGACACCGACGCCGGUGCCGGCUGCCGUCUCCCCCGGAGCCCCGUCGGGAAACACGGACUCGGUGUGGCGGCCCUGGUGAACACAGCCAAGACUCUCAAAUGACACUUGCUAGUUCUCCUUGUUGCGCCAUGUUAGUUUUUUUAAUCAAAUGGAAAAAGAUUAUGCACUAUAUUUGUACAGCUAACAAAGCCAGUAAAGUUCAUAUUGAAAUGAGAUUUGUAUUGUGGAAGUCCGUUCACUGCAUUUUUAAAAAUAUAUAUAUAUAUACACAGUGGUCUUUCCUACUUUUUUUGAAGCCAAAGAUGUUUUAUGCGCUUAUGCCGUUCUUCUUUUUGGAAGACAAAUAAAUUUUUUACUUCUCGAA